GACUGCCACACUAACCACAAAUUGGUCCACGCGACAGCCGUUCAUUCGUCACGCGGACCCUCCACCACCCCUGGGACGGUCAAGGCGUUGGCUACAGGUGCUCGACCUUGGACUAAAGUGUGAACAAUGAUCGUACUGUCAAUGACGUCCCUUUGUGAAACCCAUUAGGGAAGUGUCUCCUAUGAAAAGUGUUGGAACAAUAGUGCUCGAACACUUGACAUACCUGUACUAGGACGAGGAAAGCUGGUGGACAAGAAAAUUCUGCUCUAGUGAAAAAAGAGAAAUAUCAGGGGACAGCUUAACGCCCCCUUACUGCUGACAGUGAACGAAGAGGAGAGUUAUAACAGUAAAGGAUCUGUUGUCUGUUCCCGCUAAGUGUUGACAGUCACCACAGAACAUCCCGUAGAGGCUUCAGCGCUGGGUGGACACAUCCUAGUCUACCUAACCCGUGUUUCCUCCCUAUAUAUACCCCCACACGAGUCGCCGCAACUUCCUCGCUACUACUGUGAGCGCUUGCGGUAGUGGAGGUGACGGUGGAGAUGAAUGGCGUGGGCGGUGGCGGGGGACUGGGCUACCCUACCACGGAGAAGGGCGCCCGCAAGCCCAAGUGCGCCCGCUGUCGCAACCACGGCAUGAUCAGCUGGCUCAAGGGACACAAGCGCCACUGUAAGUUUAAGGACUGUACCUGCGCCCGUUGCAACCUCAUAGCCGAGCGUCAGCGCGUCAUGGCUGCCCAGAAUCAUAUGAAAAAAUGCAGUAACCUGGGCGAUGACUUCCUGCAGGUGGCACUGAAGAGGCAGCAGGCGGCAGAGGACGCUAUCGCCAUGACCUUCAGGGUGGCCGCCACUGGCACCACCUGCCCAUUUCUACCCCAGGGACCCAUCUUUGGACUCCCCGUCACAGAACCUCAAGUCAAAGAUGGUGAUAUUUGUCUCGAGGACGAGUCAAGGAGCGAGGUGAGCGUGGCCUCUCCCGGCACAGUGAUCACAUCUCCGGCCAUGUCUCCCACCUCCACCUCCGGUGUAACGCCAAUCGAGGACGACCCCUCCCACACCCCGCCGCGCUUGUCCUCUCACUCUUCUCCUCACAUGUCGGCACACACUUCGCCCCAUAUUUCGGCCCACACCUCACCCCACAUCACCUCACACAGUGGGUCUUCACAGCCCCCUAGUGAAUCACAGCAGGAGCUGCCGCCCGCGACAAUACCGACCCAGGGGGAGGUUCGGUCCCCGACCUCUGAGAGCCAGAGUGCAAGUGAGGGCCCCGGGGAGGCCCAGCCCAGCCGAGAUGCUAUCAUGGAGUGCCAGAGCCCGAUGGAGGCUCGGAAGGAAGACCCAACCAGCCUGGAGGGUAUCGACAUAUUGAUGAGGAUCUUCCCUAGCGAGCGUCGUGGGGUGCUGGAGUUGGUGUUGACUGGGUGUGGCGGGGACCUCCUACGAGCCAUCGAGCACUUCCUCUCAGUGGGAGAGGCGCUUCGCCGCCCGCCAGCUGGCAUCACGGUGCACCGUCCAUCAGAACACCCUUCCCGCCCACUCUCGCCGCCCAAACCUAGUCUUGGAAGCGCCAAGUCUGCCUUUACACCCUUAGCCAGCAGUGGAUUACCGCCGCCCGCCCACCAGAGCUCCUACUUGGGUGGACUGCCUCGCGUUCCCUUGUAUGGGGAGUCCCGUUUCGCCCCUCCACUCCUGCCCCUCUCUUACCCCCACCUGUUGCCCCCUCUCCUGCCCGUGCUACCUCCGCUACCCCUCCACCGCCACUAUCACCACGACUCCUCCCCUGACCCUGCCGACCUGCGUGACUCCGACCUUGCACGUGCCCGGGACCACCUACAGGAAUACUCCAUGCGACAUGACCUCCUUGGCCGCCCAGAACUACGCCUGAAUCUGGACCUCCGACCAGAUCUCCGCCUCCGCUCUCCCGCCGCCGAGGACAGCGCAUGAGCCGCCAUGUAACACUGCUUUACCAUACUCGUAUUUAUAAUUUGGUUACUCUUAAAACCCAGUGACUCAUCUUAUACUUAACGAUGUAUCACAAUUGAUUUUUACGGUACAGAAAUGCUUCAAAGGUGCUCGCCAAGAUCCUGCAGUGUUCUGCGUGUAGAUACUGUGAUCAGAUCAAGGUAACCUUGUCCUAGGGAGCGUCAGAGAAAACAUAAUACCAGUACAGUAUAUAAAACAUAAACCCUAUUUUAAUAAUAACUCCUGUAAGAAGAUCAGGAUGUUGUCCAUUUUGUGGCAUAUAAUAAUUUUCGGUUUAUUAAAGAGAAUUAUAUGUCUCCACGGUGUCAGCAUGUAACAUUUCUGGUGAUUUUUGUAAAUAAAGUCGGACACAGUAAGUGGAAAAUUGUGCUGUGGGUGGUGGUUGGGUCACCCAUGCGUCAUACGAGGAUUUCACAUUAUUUACAAUAUUACCUAUAGUAAUGAACAGCCAAAAGAACCUUACAUAGACAUUUUCUUUAAAAUAGAAAGUCAAGCUACUGUGACUUUCAUGUCGCCUUUGCCAACAGCUGAUGGUCCACUGGCUGCAGUACUGUGGUUGUUCACAGAAGCCAUAACCACCGCAGAAAAUAUUGUGACAUCGUCUGAUUCACACUCUUUAUAAGACAGUGAGUUUAUGUUUACUGUAGAACACACAGUACAUGGUCCCCCUCAAGACUUACCCAGUAACGUAAUCCUGCUCCCUGUUACCCACCCCUGGAAAGAUGUAAUAAAACUGACAAUCGGGAUCCACGUCACACGAACCUUCAUAAUUGUUUUAUGCCUACAUUGUAGACUCACAGAUUGGAAAUACGGAAAACAAAACAUUAAGAAUAUGGCAGUAGUUGUGGGUGUACCCGGUGUCAGCAAAAACACCUGUGUAAGUAUUCAUCUCAAAGUUUAUUGGAUAUCUUGUAACGUUAAAAUUAAUCCCUUACCGAAUGACGACUUUGAUAUAACUAUAUUAAUUAUUUGUUGUCAGAUGGAUAUCCUUACAUGUAUCUCGGGCGCGUCUCACUAGGCUCCACUUCUGCCGCCCUGUGUUACACAGGACGCUCACUGUUUUGGUUCCUCAUCGCAUUUCUCUUAUCUCAAGUAUUAACUAACGAGCAUACCGUUACUAUUUUUUGCAUGUUAAACCUUUAUUUUAACAUACAAAAUUUCCACACUAGACUUCAAUGGAGUGUAAAAUGAAUUAAAGUGUAAAAUGUCACAUGUGGUUGGUGAGUAACUCUCACAGGAACCAAAGGCGAUUAAACUGGUCAUAAUGACUGUUCGUUAGUAAUAACAUAAAUGAUAGAACAAUAUGUCCUCCACUGAUACAUUAUACAUUAUCUUAUAAGGAAAAGGUCACUGGAGUUUGUCGACUUGGGAAACUCUUCUUUAUUUAAGGAUCUAUCAAUUAAAGGUGAUUUCAAAAUGAGAACCCAAACACUUUAACCCGUUGAAUGGACUCCUAAUAGACCAAUUUCUUAAGUCCACAAGUAAGUAGCACUGAUGGUUUAUUGAUAUUGAUAUUGAAACAGUUUAUUUAGUCAGAAAAACACAGAUACAGUCGACAAUAAUAACAAUACUGCCAUGACUGAGUAAAGAAUGAAGACGUGUGGUCCUUCGACUGGGUGUAUCAGAAUCAAACCACAAACAAAUAUCAACAAUAUUGGAAUAAGUCCGACAAUAUUUAUUCUUGUUACCAGAGUCAAUUUACGAUAUCAUCCACUUGAAAUAUAUAUAAUUCAUACACCAGGAUAAGGAAUACAUUUGUUAAUAUUUUUGUCAAUGGUAGGAUAAAGAUCAUGAAAAGGUCCUGAUGAGACAUUAUGAACCCAUGAUCCGACGAACCUCAUGACACCUAUUGGUCUCGACACACCAUCCAAGUGUAAUGGAAGACAGGAGACUGAAUCUUAUUUCCAAAUCUAAUAGGUAGUGAAAUAUAUAAUUAUGUAUUCAAGGUGCUUUAAAUAUUAUAUUUUAUUUGUUAUGUAAUUUUCUGUAGCAAGCGGACCAUUAUUAAAAGCCAGGGAAAUCACACCAAGUAAACCUAAUUACGACAAUAUGUGUAGAUUUAAGAUGAUUAUAAUUCUUAAUCCCCUGUUUGUUAACUACAUGUGAUUUCUUACUAUAUAAUGAUUGUUAUAUGUCGUACAACUAUUUCCUAUUUGUAUCAUAGCUAGAUGGAUAAUGUGGCAGAGAUCAACAAUA